GGGCUGGCCGGGCUCCGCAGCCCGCCGCAGCCGCCGCCUAGCCGCUGAGGGCCCGAGAGCGCGGCGGCGGGCGCGCGGCCUGUGAGAGCGGCCGGAGCGGCGGGCGCGGCGCGGCGCCGAGCGUCCUGUCAGGCGGCUGAGGGCGCCACGGACCCGCGCCGCGAUGAUGCCGAUGAUAUUAACUGUGUUCUUGAGCAACAAUGAACAGAUUUUAACGGAAGUUCCUGUAACACCAGAAACAACAUGUCGAGAUGUUGUAGAGUUUUGCAAGGAGCCUGGAGAAGGCAGUUGCCAUUUAGCUGAAGUGUGGCGGGGAAAUGAGCGUCCCAUACCCUUCGAUUAUAUGAUGUACGAACAUCUUCAGAAGUGGGGGCCACGAAGGGAAGAAGUGAAAUUUUUCCUUCGACAUGAGGAUUCCCCAACUGAGAGCAGCGAACAAGGUGGCCGUCAGACCCAAGAGCAAAGAACUCAGAGAAAUGUAAUAAAUGUACCUGGAGAAAAACGGGCUGAAAAUGGGGUUGGGAAUCCACGUGUUGAACUUACCCUCUCAGAGCUCCAAGAUAUGGCAGCUAGGCAACAACAGCAAAUUGAAAACCAGCAGCAAAUGUUGGUUGCCAAGGAGCAGCGUUUACAUUUUCUAAAGCAGCAGGAGCGCCGUCAGCAACAGUCUGUUUCUGAAAACGAAAAGCUUCAAAAAUUGAAAGAACGCGUGGAAGCCCAGGAAAAUAAGCUGAAGAAGAUCCGAGCCAUGAGAGGACAGGUGGACUACAGCAAAAUUAUGAAUGGCAAUCUGUCUGCUGAAAUAGAGAGGUUCAGUGCCAUGUUCCAAGAAAAGAAACAGGAAGUACAGACUGCGAUUUUACGAGUUGAUCAGCUCAGUCAGCAGCUGGAAGAUUUAAAGAAAGGAAAACUGAACGGGUUCCAGUCUUACACUGGCAAGCUCGCAGGACCGGCAGCUGUGGAGCUGAAAAGACUAUACCAGGAGCUGCAGAUUCGUAACCAGCUCAACCAGGAACAGAACUCGAAGCUCCAGCAGCAGAAGGAGCUCUUGAGUAAGCGCAACAUGGAGGUGGCCGUGAUGGACAAGCGCAUCAGUGAGCUGCGGGAGCGUCUCUAUGGGAAGAAAAUCCAGCUGAGCCGUGUGAAUGGCACGUCGUCACCACAGUCCCCGCUGAGCACGCCGGGCAGGGUCGCUGCAGUGGGGCCUUACAUCCAGGUUCCCAGCAGCGGCAGCUACUCUGUUCCUGGAGACCCCGUAAAGCCCCAGUCUCUCACCGUCGCCCCGAGUGCUGCCCACGGAAGGUCCAAGUCUGCCAAUGAUGGAAACUGGCCAACAUUAAAACAAAAUUCAGGCUCUUCAGUGAAAGGGACACAGAUUGCCAGCGUGGACUGGAGGGACUCCAGCACCGAGGGGCCUCUCAAGCAGGGGGCUGUCUCGAGCCAGCCUGUGCCCUUGCCAGCCUUGGGUGCCACAGAGAAGCUGGGCCUCGAGAUGGGUAAAGUGCCACCCCCGAUCCCUGGCGUUGGCAAGCAGCCGCCCCCAAGCUAUGGGACAUACCCAAGUCCUGCGCCCGUGGGCCCAGGCUCGACCAACUCCCUGGAGAGGAGGAAGGAGGGCAGCUUGCCCAGGCCCAGCACAGGCCUGCCCAGUCGACAGAAACCUGCCCCGCUGCCCCCUGCGGGCAGCCCCCACCCACCGGGUUCCUCGCAGCAGAUCCAGCAGAGGAUUUCUGUGCCACCAAGUCCCACGUACCCGCCAGCAGGGCUGCCUGCAUUUCCAGCUGGAGAUGGCAAACCUGAACUCCCACUGACUGUGGCCAUUAGGCCUUUUCUGGCUGAUAAAGGAUCAAGGCCACAGUCCCCCAGGAAAGGACCCCAGACAGUGAAUUCAAGCUCCAUAUACUCCAUGUACCUCCAGCAAGCCACACCACCUAAGAACUACCAGCCAGCGGCACACGGCACCUUAAAUAAGUCGGUUAAAGCAGUGUAUGGGAAGCCUGUGCUACCGUCUGGCUCGACGUCUCCGUCCCCAUUACCGUUUCUGCAUGGGUCGCUGGCCACGAGCACCUCGCAGCCCCAGCCACCGUCAGAAAGCGCGGAGAAGGAGCCGGAGCAGGACAGCCCUGCCCCUCCCGGCGACAGGGGCGGCGCCAGCACCGUGGAGAGCCUGCCGAGGCCGCUCAGCCCCACCAAGCUCACGCCCAUCGUGCACUCGCCGCUGCGCUACCAGAGCGACGCCGACCUGGAGGCCCUGCGCAGGAAGCUGGCCAACGCGCCCCGGCCUCUGAAGAAGCGCAGCUCCAUCACGGAGCCCGAGGGCCCCGGCGGGCCCAACAUCCAGAAGCUGCUGUACCAGCGCUUCAACACCCUGGCCGGAGGCAUGGAGGGCACCCCCUUCUACCAGCCCAGCCCCUCGCAGGACUUCCUGGGCACCUUAGCCGACGUGGACAAUGGGAACACCACGGCCAACGGGAACCUGGGGGAGGCUAGCCCGGCCCCCCCCACAGCCCCUCUCCCCGCGGAGCCGGCCCCGGCCUCAGACGCCAAUGACAACCAGCUCCCUUCCCCCGAACCGGAGGGGCUCACCUGUCCCCCAGACACCCACCAAACAGCUGAGCCGGCUGAGGAUGACAAUAACAACGUGGCCACAGCCCCGUCCACAGAGCAGGUCCCCAGCCCUGGGGCCGAGGCCCCCUCUCCAGGGGAGGAGCAAGUCCUCCUGUCACUUCCCCCGGCCGUGCCCCCUCCUGCUGCCUCUACGAGCAAACGGACCAACCUGAAGAAGCCGAACUCGGAGCGCACGGGGCACGGGCUGAGGGUCCGGUUCAACCCCCUGGCGCUGCUUCUGGACGCCUCCCUGGAGGGGGAGUUCGACCUGGUGCAGAGGGUCAUCUACGAGGUGGAGGACCCCAGCAAGCCCAACGACGAGGGCAUCACCCCGCUGCACAACGCCGUCUGCGCGGGCCACCACCACAUUGUGAGGUUCCUGCUGGACUUCGGCGUCAACGUGAACGCCGCCGACAGCGACGGCUGGACGCCGCUGCACUGCGCCGCCUCUUGCAACAGCGUCCACCUCUGCAAGCAGCUGGUGGAGAGCGGCGCCGCCAUCUUCGCCUCGACCGUCAGCGACAUCGAGACGGCUGCAGACAAGUGCGAGGAGAUGGAGGAGGGCUACAUCCAGUGCUCCCAGUUUCUGUACGGCGUGCAGGAGAAAUUGGGCGUGAUGAACAAAGGCGUGGUCUAUGCCCUGUGGGCUUACGAUGCCCAGAACAGUGACGAGCUGUCCUUCCACGAAGGGGACGCCCUCACCAUCCUGAGACGCAAGGAUGAAAGCGAGACCGACUGGUGGUGGGCUCGCCUUGGGGACCGGGAGGGCUAUGUGCCCAAAAACCUGCUGGGGUUGUAUCCACGGAUCAAACCCCGGCAGCGCACGCUCGCCUGAACUUCCCCAGGAGGCCCGCAGCGGCUUGCCCGCGACGAGGAGCCCCCAAAGAGAGGAUCCUGCCGCCUCCCAGGAAGGCCGGAGCUGGAGGUGGCCUGACGGUGCUCCGUCCAGCAGGCAGCAUGCAUGUGAACCCCAGCAGUUUCUAGGUGAGGCCCCGGCUCCACUCCGCCCCCGGUGGGAGAGCAGGUUCUCCUCCAGGGACACUGAACUUGCUGUUAGCGCAGCUCCGAAUAAAUAGCCAGCUUUCUCAGCCACCGCCCUGUUGCCAAUGAGAAGCCCCGUCAUUAACCCCGGGUUGGUCGCCAGUGAAGAUACACGCUCUGACGGACACGGGCCCAAGGCCCUCGUUCCCAGUGUCACCCCAGCCCCAGCAGCGAGAACUCGCAGCUGCCAAGGUGCGUCCCCCGCUAGAGCCCUGCCCUCCUGUUCCUGGAGGUCACAGAUACCCUCACCCUUUUCAUCCUCACCACACGCGUGUCUUCCUCUCGUCACCAAAGGAGCCCCGUUGGAAACGUCUGUCUGUUGGUGGCGCCUAAUGCGUGGGCUCCACUUCCCAUGUCAGGCCCUGGCCUAGGUCACCCACGGCUGGCGGUGCUGGGCUGGACUCCAUGCCACGGGCACGAGGGCCCCUAGGACCAGGCGACACGCGGUCAGGCGUCCCAACCCAGCACCACCUUCUCCGCAGCCCCUUGCUGCCCAGGCGUGUUUCUCAGCCCCUCAUGGCGGGGACGCCUGCUCGGCACGAGGGGCAGCGGCGAGGGUCCGGUGGCCGUGAUGCAAUAACCUUUCCCCCAGUUCCAGACCUAAAGCAAGUAUUCACCUCGGGAAGUUUGAACUGGACGUGCGGGCUUUUAUGUGUAACCCAAAGUAUUUUUUGACUAAGCCACUCAAAACUAUCAAAACCAUGUUGGAAAUGUUUUCUCUCAUUAAAAUCCAGGCCCUUAGGCUUUAUUUUCCA